AUGGAGUUCAUAAAGAGCAAAACACUAACAUUGUUCAAGUCAAGCAAGGGACGUUUACAAACUCAAUUCUGUGAAUUAACAGGAGUUGCACCAGCAACUGCAAAGAAAUACUUGGAAUCUUCAAGAUAUGAUUUACCAAGAGCAGUAGAUGCUUAUUUUAAUAGACAUCCUAAUAAAGCGUCAGCUGGUUCUGUCAACGUUGAUAAGACUAAUCCAAAAGAUAUAGCAGCAUUAAAUGCAGUGUUUGACAACUAUAAGGAUCCUGAGGAUAAUAAUCAAAUAGACAUUGAUGGAACAUUGAGGUAUUUGGAAGAUAUGGAUAUUACUCCAGAAGAUUUGUCAUCUCUAACAUUGGCGUACUUGUUAAAAUCUCCAAGAAUGGGGAUCUUCUUGAGGGAUAGUUUUGUCAAAUAUGGGAACAACAUAACUGCAUAG